AUAAAAUUAACCAUGAUAUUAUUUUCCUCAUUAUUACAAUAUAAUAAUAAAGCCAUUGCUUUCUGCUGGGAAUAAGUAUGAAAAGUCAUCUUACCUCCUCUUCAAUUAUGUAUAUAGAUAUCAUCACAAAGCUAAUAAGAUAUUGAGUUAUAUGGCAGCAAGAGAUUGAUGGGUUCAUCAGAGGACAAAUACCGCACGUUUUUGCAUCAAGAGCAAGAGAAGAACACCAAAUGGAGAUUUGGUGCCCCUCCUAAUUAUGAUGCUGUCAACAAGCUUUUUGAAGAGGGCAGAACCAAGGAAUGGGCUCCUGGAUCUCUUGAAGAGCAGGUGCAGACUCUAGUCAAGAAUUGGGAAAUGGAAAUUUUCCAUAAACUUGAUGUAAAUCAAUACAGAUCACUAGACCCACAGAAAUACACCUUCAGCCUCAAUGGAAGGAAUGCUAUGACGUUGGAAGAGAAUAAGAAGCUUGGAGGUGGUGGGUAUAAUGCACUGCUGCAAACAUCGAUGCCACAAGAACUAAGGGUAUACGACCCAAAUGAAGAAACAGCAGAUUCAUCUCACAAAAUUUUCACCACCACUUUCCCACGUGGUUUUGCUCUGGAGAUUCUUCAUGUCUAUUCUGGACCACCCGUUAUUAUUUACAAGUUCAGACACUGGGGAUUCAUGGAGGGUCCUUUCAAAGGCCAUGCCCCAACUGGUCAAAAAGUUGAACUUUUUGGAAUCGCCAUUUUCACGUUGGAUGAGGCCUCGAAGAUAGUGAAGGUGGA